UCGACUAUUGGGUCCUUCGUGUCAUGUAUAUGUUCUCACAGGGAAGUUCAUAACAUUAAGAAAACAACAAGAGCUCACUAUGUUUUAUAUUUAAUCUUUUUGUUGUCGAGUUGUAGCGUUACAUGCAUGCUAUAAUUUGAGUCCGAAGGGCUGUAUCUGUGUCUGUGAAAUGUCGUCCGUAUGUGGGUCGGGGAACGGAGCGAACGUAAAUGGCAAAAAUUCAGAACUUGCUCAUACUGAGGAUAAGGAACAUCCACGUGUAUUAAUUCCCGAGCUCUGCAGACUGUUCUAUCAGUUAGGAUGGGUAACUGGAACUGGAGGAGGAAUAAGCGUAAAGCUGGGUGACCAUAUCUACAUUGCCCCUUCCGGAGUACAAAAAGAGAGAAUUCAACCUGAAGACAUGUUUGUGUGUGAUGUGGAGGAGAGGGACAUUAGCUCCCCACCCCCGUGGAAGAGGCUGAGCAAGAGCCAGUGCACUCCUCUGUUCAUGAAUGCCUACACCAUGCGAUCGGCAGAAGCCGUCAUUCACACUCAUUCAAAAGCUGCAGUGAUGGCAACACUGCUGUUUCCUGGCAAAGAAUUCCGCAUCACUCACCAAGAGAUGAUCAAGGGCAUUCGCAAGGGAAACUCGGGCACAAACUACAGGUAUGACGAGUUGCUGACAGUUCCUAUCAUUGAGAACACACCUGAGGAACGGGACCUGAAGGAGCGUAUGGCCCAGGCUAUGGAAGAGUACCCAGACACCUGUGCAGUCCUGGUGCGACGGCAUGGCGUCUAUGUGUGGGGGGAAUCUUGGGAGAAGGCUAAAACAAUGUGUGAAUGCUAUGAUUACCUGUUUGACAUAGCUGUCCAGAUGAGGCAGUAUGGCCUGGACCCAUCUGCCCUCCCCACCGAGCUCCAUUAACCGUCUGUCUGUCUUCGCCUGUGGAACUGAAGGAUUAAGGCAUGAAUCCUGCAUGUCUGCAGUGAACAUUUCUCCUCCAUAAUCACAGUGAUCGGUCAAAAGGAAUUGCUUAUUGCUCCACUACCUGCACCAAAGUAUCGUGGCAUCUUUUUGAUUUUGUAUUAAUAUAACUCUUGUAUUUCAAGACCUGUAGAUCGGCCAACCAAGGCACCAUUUUCUGUGAUAGUCAUGUUACUUUAAGGCCAAAGAUUGUGACCACUUAAAAUAAAGACUUUUUAACAUUGA